AUUACUGCAAAUAUGCAAGGUGUGAAGUCUGCAGCUGACAAUGGAAGUGACGUUCAUCAAUUGAAUUGUUAUGGCAUUGUAUUUCCUGAAAAUUGUGACACAUACAAUGGACCACACAGUGUGGAAUGCCUUACCACUAUCUGGAAAUCAAAAGGAUGUUUAAACAAAGGCUCAAAAUCUCCAAUCAACCUUGACUCAGCUGAAAAACAUGAUCUUGAUUUGCUGAAUGUGGAUCGAGUUUCGGAGAACUUUGAAAUGGCUCAUGUUAAAGCAAACAAUGGACAUGAUAAUAAAGAAUUGGAAUGUUAUGGAAUGGUUUUUCCUGAGAAUUGUACUUCAUAUUUUGGACCUCACUCUAUUGAAUGUCUUAUCUCAAUCUGGGAAGAAGUGGAUUGCAAAGUCAAAGGUUACCGACAUCCCAACAAUCUCACUACUGAUGAUAUUAAUUCUUUAGGCAUUUUAAACUUGACAGCUGUAAAAGAAAACAUAGAAAGUAUAAAAUUAGCAGCAGAUGGUGGAAAUGAAGAGCAUCAGUUAAAUUGUUAUGGAGUUGUGUUUCCCAACAAUUGCAGCACUUACCAUGGACAACACAGUGUGGAAUGUCUUACAACUAUCUGGUUAUUAAAAGGCUGUUUGCAUGAAGGAACAAAGGCUCCAAUUAAACUAGAUCAUACUGAACUACAUGAUGUGGAUGUUUUAUAUUUAAGUGAUGUUAUGGAUAUAUUUAAAACGAUUCAAAUAGAAGCCAAUAGUGGUGAUGAAGAUAAAGAAUUAGAAUGUUACGGACUAGUAUUUCCUGAAAACUGUGUUUCAUAUUAUGGACCUCACUCCAUUGAUUGUCUCAUCACAAUCUGGGAAGAAGUGGAUUGCAAAGUCAAAGGUUACAGAUAUCCUAGCAUCCUGACAACAUCUGAUGCCCAAGCAUUAAAAUCCCUUAAUUUGAGUGUUUCCUGAUAAUUGUACCACAUACUACGGAGUACACAGUGUGGAAUGCCUUACCACUGUCUGGUUAAUAAAAGGUUGUUUACAUGAAGGAACAAAAGCUC